AUGGAGAAGACCGCCGCCGACGCCAACAUCCAGUCUGCAAAGAUUAGGUUCAAAUGCAGGGUUAACGGCCAAAGUUGGGGCUCAGCACAGAAGACCUGGAGUCUGGAUUCGACAGUGAAUCAGACGGCUGAAGAGACAUUGCGAUCGAGGUUCAUCGUGCUCGCCACGGGCUACUACGACCACGACGAACUGCUGCAGGCCCGCAUACCCGGCAUCGACAGCUUCACUGGCCCCUUCGUUCAACCGGGAUUGUGGCCGACGGAUUUGGAUUGCAAUGGCAAAGACGGUGUCAUCAUCGGAUUGGGCGUAACGGUUAUUGAUGUCCUGCCAGCCAUGGCGAGCGAAGCAAAGCAUAUCACAAUGUUACAGAGGUCUCUCAGCUACGUCAUCCCGAUACCGAUGGAGUAUUGUUUUGAAACAUUUGCCCGUGCUUGGAUUCCGCUCGGCUUGCAACAAAAGCUGAUUCGGCUGGAGUCGGUCAUAACGCCUGUUCCCUUCAGUAAAUUCUGCAUGCCCCGCAAACUGAUGAAGAAGACGAUUUUAUCGCUCUUGGGGAAAGACGCAUCACUCAGCCCGGACGUAAAUCCCACUAACAGCCCUUUGGAGCAAUAG